CGAGAGCUCCGCACGCGCUGCAGACGGGCCCAGUGAAGCACGCGGCGCUGUGGCGGCGGCUGUCUGGGGCUGAGGCACGUGAGUCUCCCGCCAUAUUAUUUCUCAAUUGUCCUGGAGACGCCGGCCAUGCCCUCCCACCCCCACACUGCCACUCCACCUACGAGGCACGGUACACGGGCAGGAUGGGGGCGACAAACAUUCAGGACGCAAAAGUCCUCAUCUCGUCCACCAAGGUGACGGACCGCAACGCCGGCCUCAAGGACCUCAUCCACAUCCUGAAGCACAACCGCGGCAAGCCCGCCCUCGAGAUCCUCGGAAACAAGGCAUCCCUAGCGCUAUGCGAGACCCUCUUCCAAUGCAUGCGCGACGAGCGCUUGUCCUUCCUCCGCAGCAAGUCCAAGACGACCAAGACCGCCGUCCUCCUCCCGCUCUCAGCCAACGCCCUCCGCCAUGUCAUAAACUCCGGCGUGCGCACCAUCAAGAGCACCACGGUGGAGAUGAUUGUAGACAGCAUAAUUGAAGUACUCCCCGGACGAGACGGCAACUUGCUAAAGCCGCUUGUCGAAGAUCUGCCGAAAGCACUGCGUGCACUGCUGGAAUACCAACCCCAUGUAGAGCGCCUCCCCAAGGAGUGCUGGGACGCCACCGUGGAUUUUUGUGUCGAUUCGCUCUCUACUUUCUUUGCAGAGCCCGAACCCGAACCGCCAAACAGCUGGAGUACGGGUAUAUCCAGCAGGGCUCGGACGCCGUUUGAGUCUACGGACGGCGCGCCGAGAGCCAGUCCUCGCGAUUCGUCAUCUCGGACCAAGCAACUCCCCGAAGAGCUUGUUCGUGCUGCUGAGGACUUCGUCCAUUGCCUACACCUCCUGGUCAAAGCCUCCAACGCCCCGGUGUCGGACAAGGCCGAGCCUAUUCUUACGACAUUGCUCCAUUUCCUGCAGAGGAAGACGGGUCGUAGCAAUGCCGCCGCACUCGCUGCAAUCAACUGCGUCUUGCCGCGCACUACAUUACACGCAAUUCAACUCACGAAAAACGUCGCUCAGGAGCUGCUGCCAUUGAUGAAGACCAUGUGGUCAGAUCCCCCGCUAAGAGAUGAAUUAAUGGUUACUUUAAUGUAUACCGAAGCUCACAUCUCCAGCACCCUUACCAGCAGUCGUGAUGACACAAUUACCUUUGAUCUCGAAGCGCUUAUUGAGACUAUGUACGGGGACUACCGGCGCAGGCAGGAAACAACCGCUCAUCAGUAUCUCGAUGACGACCAUCUUUCCUUUCGACAGAUUGGUAGAGCCCGCAGUGACACUCAUCCGCUUCACACUUGCGCCUUCUCAAUGGACACGGAGCAUGUUCGUUACGAAGGCCUCUGGGCGACAGUCUCCACCAUCGCACGCCUUUCCUUCAUGCUAGACGAGAGAAAACGUCGGGUCGCCCACGACCGGGAGGACGGGGAGGAGAGCAUGAUAAAGCGCCUCCGCAUCACUCAUCACUUUCAAGAGUAUUUACGUCAUGUCUCAGAACCGCGUUCCAAUGCUAAGCGCGCUGCGUUGCAAGUCCUUGCCUUCAUGGUCCAAGAGGGUCCGCUCGAUGAAGAGGACCUCCAGUCACUGCUCGAGAAGCUCACAUCCUGCAUUUCAGACGAGAACCCGGUGCACUCCUCUUGGGCCAUGAUAGGGUUGGCUACGGCCGCUUUCCAACAAACGUCAAAAGCAGCUUCCCUGCUCCCCUUCUGGAUAUCUGCUUGGCAUAGCGCAUCUCGUGCCAUCACAUCACUCUCCACGUCUCGCACGGCUUGUCAUUUGAUGGACAUGCUCUUGAAGUUGAGAAUCGUUCCGUUCUCGGCAGUCUCGGAAGCAGUACAGAACAUGUUGUUGUCGAUAGAGCUCAGUGGCCCGGCAUUACUCGCAGAGACCAGCUCAUCCUUGCUAAGCACGCUUAUCCACGAGAGGAUCACCGAAAAUCCAACUCACUACAAUCAAAGUGCUGAUAGAGUACUUAACUGGCUCCUCAGCAGAUGGACUCCAAGCCUCUGGCUGGAGCGGACCUAUGCGGCGCUUAAUUCGCAUCACUGCAGCGCUCGUGAUGUGCUACGAGUGCUUUAUGCCUGCCUCGACCGUCCAUUCAAUCCACUAGAUGCAGCGCCUUUCAAGGUCCUUGGCCCGAUCGCCCAAGCCCGCAUGCGCGUGGCCCCGUACCGGGAACUUGGGCAAUACCUGCUUCUCCUUACUGAUCAAGACGAGUUCCGGAUCGCAAUGGAUUCAACAUCCAACAGCGUUGAGUCUUCAUCCUCAACUCGCCACUCAGCUCACCUUGAGAACAGAAUAAUGGACUUCUGUUUAUCUGAGCUGGAAAAGACGCGGCAACGUUGGAAGGAAUGGUCACAGCAGAACCCACAGGGUAUCACAUCCGACAUGAUGCGGGUUAUUACCAACUUCUGCGUUGUGGCUCUAGCCCUGAGUUCCCUGGCCGAUGUGGAUGGCCAUCGCGCCUCUGAGUUGGAGACCGCGGCCGACAGCCUCGUCCAGUCAUUUGUGCAAAUUCUGACGAGGCACCAGACCGAACAAUACAAGGUGGAUGCAGUCCUUCAGGUCUGCGCCCAGAGUCUUCCGGACGUUUGUCGCAUUGGCCGGUUGUCUCGAGGAGUAUUCAAGGAAACAGGCACACUUUUCAUCGCCAAUCACAUGUCAAGAGCCCUAGGAGAUAGAAAGGAGAUCAAACAGUCCUUCUACGCUGAGGAAGAUGAUUUCAUGGAUAUCGACGACGGACCAAACUCACAGAUGACAGCGGGCGCAUCCAGUUCGGAUGUCGAAGUACCACGUCACAACAUCCAAGCAGCAACCGAGGCUGCGGCGCUACGGACAUCUUGCUCGACUUACCUUCACCUCAUCUCCUGCAUAGCCGACACCACCGACGAGGAGCACGAUCAGAUCCCUACCGAAUUCGUCGAAUAUUUAGUAUCGAUUCAUGAAGCCGACCUGCUCCGAUCGCGGCAGCUAGUCCAGGCGCUGCUGUCCUGUGGCUUCCACCUAUCGCGGACUGACUGCUUAAGAUUGGUCGAACGCCUAAGUGACAGUCUCAUCGAUCCACGAGCUCGGGAGUACAACACGUCUGAGGUUGCAAACGGCAUGAUGCUAGACGUCCUGAUCGGCACUACGCUGGUCUGGAGCUUUGAUUCCACAGACCGUCAAGCACAAGACCUGUAUGAGAACGUCGAAGCCCUAUACGUCUAUUAUGCCAAAGAAAUGGAGAAGGGCGGGGUAAGGAGAUCUCCAGGGCUUCAGAUGUCUGUUGCGAGCUUUCUACAUGGACUUCUUAGGCAUCAUCCGGACUUCGGCCAGAACCGCAAGGUGCCAUCAGUGCGAACCAGCCUCUUCGAGCUUCUAGCACAGGGCGAAAUGACGGUUAAGUACCAUAUCGCAGAGCGCUUACCUAGCAUUUUCGAAGAUUUUGUUCUGUCAGAGCAUGACAAGAUUCUGCAAGAUGUCGACAGCAGUCUCCCUGGCGAUUACGAGUGGAUCGAGGGUAUCGCUGUACGGUUACUCGUGCUAUCUAAACUCGCGUCGCAGUGGCAUACGCUUCUCCGCCAAUGUGUAUAUAGGAUCUUCGCAACGGCAGGCUCAGUCCCGGGCGCAGCUCAACACGCCAGCCGAUGCAUCUCCCAAGUUGCGGAAGCCAGGCACAUGGGAAAUCCGCAAAGCUUGUUUCGGCUCUUCGCUCCUCAGAUCAUCUUCACUUGGCUAGACCGGAAGCGCACCUUUUCCGAGAUACCGUACACAUCAUUUGGCUACACGUCACUUAUUGAUCUUCUGCGCGACAUUGAAUCUGAAGCCGUCGGUCAAGCCAUCAUGCUGGGGCUGAAGGACGAGCUAGACUAUCUUGCGAAGCAACUCGGCAUGAAGACCGCCGAAGCGCUCGCUAGAAAUAUGAGCAAGGCCGGUGCCUAUACGAUCUCCUGGGACACUUGCAGAGGAUUCGCCCGUAACAAGUCGGAAGCCAGCAAUGCCAAUCUGCUCCGCGACCUGGUUGGACAGGAGCAGUAUAUUCACCUGAUCCGCCAGCAUUUUCCGCAAGUGCUCGGGUACAUAUUCCAAACGAUCGAUCAUGAAGAGAAGGUGAAUAAGCAGCUCGAGAGGCGACCAGCUUUCAACGGAACAGCCAAAGCGCUCGCAGAAAUGAAUACUAUCAGCCACUCCACCUUGGACCUCAGCAUUGGCAUAGAGCCCUCGUUCUCGGCAUAUUAUCUUUUCGAUCAGCUAGAACGCCUAUGCCGUCGAACAGCAGACAAUCCUGUUAGCCUCUGGACACCUAGCAUUUAUGCCUUUGUUAUGCGCAUGCUUCUCGAUCGGAUCCAUCCGGCUCUUGGCUCACUCUAUGCUCGAUCCAUCAUUCGCAAGAUCAGGAUUCUCGUUGCUCUGGCUGGGCCGGUCGCCUAUGAGGGCUACCCUCUCCAAAUGACGCUGCAAUCGUUGCGACCGUUUCUCACAGACACCCAGUGUGCCGAAGGCACAGUGGGCAUAAUGCAGUAUCUGUUUGAGCACGGAGCCCAGUACUUGCGCGGUCAGCUCGGGUUUGUGGCUGGCAUCGGUCUCUCUGUUCUCAUCUCCAUUCGCGUCUUCCUUGGAUCAUCGCAAGAGAGUACAACUCAGCAGUCACAGUAUACCGCGACCAUGAAUACAGCGACCAGGUUCCACGCUUGGUUUACCGAGUACCUCAGAUCCUAUGCUGAAGAACUAUCUGGAAACGAACGGAGUUCGUCCAUCAAAGCUUUCAAGCUCAUUACGAUGGCUGCCUCUCAGGUCCGUACCGAAGGUAACUCGGUUCGUGGCAGCGAGGAAAGUAAAUUGCUUCUGGAGAUCUUAGAUGACGUCCGUUCGGGUCGGAAGCUCCUCAACAACACUUCCCGGGAAGUAGCGCUCAAUCUGCUUUGCCAGAAUUUCCAACCAGCUCUAUCAGCACGCGAUGAUGUACUCGGUUCCGACUCUGAAGCCGCUGAUUUCGCGCCCCACGUCUGGGAUUCGUGUAAACGAAACAACGUUGGUGACGGCUAUCUCCUAUGGGCAGCCAGGGUCCUAGGCCGUGCCUUCAGUGCUUACGGUGAAGUAAGGCGCAGCAUGGCUCAUGAUCGUCCGUGGUAUUCGCAGAGCCCGGGUCCCAAAGACUCCGUUGGUAAAGCGUCACGGGAAGCCAUUGUCAAAGAAGUCAUAGAUCUGUUCUACAGCGAUGACCGUAGCGAAGUCAGCCUCGCGGAAGGAGCAGUUCGACUUGUUAUCUCGCGUCUGUCCGACGCCGAUACCAGAUACGAGGCGGAAAUGCAGAAGGCCCUCCCAGCAGCUAUUGCGCAAGCGCUAGACUUACCCGUUCCUGCAGAUACGGAGCCGAAGCAACCACAUCCGACGGAAUCGGUGGAGCGCAACGCAGCCCCCACGAACAGCAAGACUGUGUCUGCAUGGAUUAGGGAUCUCGCCGUUUCCCUAUGCGAAGUGGCGUCUCGGGAUCCGAUCCUAGGUGCGCUAUCCAAGCUCCUACUAGGGAUCAACCAUAUGGCGGAACGAUUGUUCCCAUAUAUCCUUCACCUCGUUCUUCUCGACGAGUUCGACGGCAAACGCACCGUCAGGGAAACCAUAUCGGAGGCAUCGAUGGCUUGGUUUUCCGAGCAUGACUCCAGCCGGGUUCCGCAUGUGCGCAUCCUCAUACAGGCGAUUCUCUACCUUCGCAGCCAGCCGGUUCCGAAAGAGGUCACCAGGGUCGGCCGCGAUCGGUGGCUAGAGAUUGACUAUCUCAAAGCAUCGCAAGCAGCAACCGUGUGUGGGAUGUAUCGAAGCGCUUUACUGUUCGCAGAAACUUCUUCUGGUCAGCCAAUUAUCAAGCCAAGCUCAAGAAGAUCGUCCGUUAUGGUCGACCCCCCGAAGCUGCCGAUCGACUUGCAACUCUCAAUCUACAAGAAUCUAGAUGAGCCAGAUUCAUUUUACGGCGUCGACAGAGGAGCCAGUUUGUCGUCAGUGAUAGAUCGUCUAGAUUACGAGAGUAAUGGGAUCAAGAGCCUGCUCUUCCGUGGUGCGAGGCUGGAUAGCCAGAUUCGCCGGUCAGAUGCGCUAGAGUCAUCCGACUCUCGUGGCAUGGUAAAGAGUCUCAUCACGCUAAACAUGAACAGCGUUACGCACUCAUUGCUUUCCAGCGACCAGUUUCGCGACAUUGGAGAUGAUGUGGUUGACAACACACUCCAUACAGCCCGGAAGCUUGGGCAAUGGGAUAUCAAGGCGCCGGAAACGAAUCACACCGAGUCAAGCACGCUGUUCAAGGCAUUCCAAGGGUUACAUUACGCCACGGACAUAACCAGCGCUAGGAGGAAUUUCGACCGUCAGCUUCUCGCAACCAUGAACUACCUGUCUGGCAGGGAUAGUUCUGCCACAUCGACGAAGGCACGCUUGCGAACGCUGGCGGCGUUGACCGAAGCCGAUGAAGUCAUCAGUACCGCUCGCCCAGAAUACUUGCUCGAUGUCUGGGACCGCAUGAAGGGACGAGAGAAGUGGAUGCAGGCCGGCGAGUUCGAAGACGUGCGCCAGCUCUUAUCGUGCCGCGAGACGCUGUUCAGUGUACUUAGUGCAAACGGUCCCUUACUUGAGUCGUUACAUGCCAGGACUGGAACCAUUCGUGGCAUGGAGGUCGAAGCACUCGUCAACUCGUCCACAAUAUCCAGAAGACAUGACGCGCUGCAGGAGUCUCUUGCGAGCGUCACUUACCUUUCAGACAUCGUGCGACCAUGCAGAUCCGUCGGGCUUGAUAUCGAGGCUAUCGCACAACACGAAGUGGCUAACGUACUUUGGGACCAAGGCGAGGUGGAAACUUCCAUUCGCAUGCGCCAGCAUCUCAUUGAUCAUGCCGACUUCGACUCUCAGAACACGGAAAUUAGCUUGCCCGUCUUAUUAGCGAAACUAGGCCAUCACCUUGCCGAGGUCCGGCUAGCGAAACCCGACAGUAUCAUUCAGGAAUAUCUUGGGCCAGCCAUCCGAGAGCUAAGGGGCCAGACGCAAGGCCCCGGACCAGGCCAGGUUUUUCAUGAAUUCGCGCUGUUCUGCGACAAGCAACUGCAAAGCCCCGAAGCUGCCGAAGAUAUGGAGCGCAUCAAGACGGUCAUGGACCGAAAGCUCCAAGAGUAUCACGACUUUGUAAAACUGUCUACCACAGACAAGAGCAAAAGCAUGCGCGAGACGUACAAACGGAAUGCUCAUCGGGCAAAGAACUGGUACAACCUGGACCACGCGGAGUACGAGAGGUUACGCAAAGGCCGUGAACAGUUCUUACGACAGUGCUUGGAGAAUUACCUACUCUCAUUGCACGCAAGCGAUGAGUAUAACAACGACGCUCUCCGAGUGUUUGCUCUAUGGCUCGAAUAUUCCGACAUGCCUUUGGCGAACGAGGCCGUCAAGCUCAACAUCGAUCGCGUCCCCAGCGGCAAGUUUGCGCUCUUGAUGAACCAACUGUCGUCACGAUUACAAUACGAAGAAACGGACUUUCAGAAGCUUCUGUUCAAGCUCGUAUACCGUAUCUGCAAAGACCAUCCGUAUCACGGCAUGCACCAGAUCUUCGCCAUUCAGACCAAGGUCGGCAACAUCUCUAGGGAGGAUGUCGUCCGAUCCAAGGAUGAAUCCGCCAAGUCUCGUCAAAAGGUCGCUGGCCACAUCGCAGGGUUGCUUGCCAAAGAUCAGCGAGCAAGAUCGUUUUGGAGCGUUAUCUAUAGAUCGAACGAGAUUUACCACACGCUCGCCAUGUUCAAAGACGAGAAGGACAAUAGGCAGGGCAGAGAGAUUCCGCUCGACAGAUAUAAUGAGUCGAAGGCUUUGGUGCAGAAGAUUCCGGCGCUGCACGUUCCGCCUGCUACGCUUCAGAUCGAAGUUAGAGCGAACAUGGACUACAAUGACUUGCCUAAGAUCCAGAGCUUCAAGUCGAGGAUGAGCAUUGCGAACGGACUGAGUGCGCCAAAGGUCAUCACAGCAAUUGGCACGGACGGCAAGCCAUACAAGCAAUUGUUUAAAUCCGGCAACGAUGACCUCCGUCAGGACGCAAUCAUGGAGCAAGUCUUCGACCAGGUUUCCCGCCUCUUAAAGAACCACACCGCGACGCGCCUACGCAACCUCGGCAUCCGAACCUACAAAGUCCUCCCUCUAUCAACUCGCUCUGGCCUCAUGGAAUUCGUCCAAGACACCAUUCCCCUGCAUCAAUGGGUCAUGCCCGCUCACGAAAAGUACUACCCAAACGACUACAAGCCCGACAGAUGCAGAAAAGAGAUCGGCGCCUGUCAGCAAGACUCCCUCCAAACGCGCGUCAAAGUCUGGCAGAAAAUCGCUGACAAUUUUCAUCCCGUGCUCCGCUACUUCCUCCUCGAGCGCUUCGAAGACCCUGAUGAGUGGUUUGAGCGGCGUCUUGCGUAUACGCGCUCCACAGCCGCGAUCUCCAUCCUUGGCCAUGUGCUCGGACUGGGUGAUCGCCACUGCCACAACAUUUUGCUCGAUGAGAAGAGCGGAGAAGUCGUGCACAUCGAUCUCGGCGUGAGUUUCGAAGCCGGCCGCGUGCUGCCCGUGCCGGAGGUCGUUCCAUUCAGACUAACGCGCGACCUCGUCGACGCCAUGGGCUACACCAAAACAGAAGGCGUCUUCCGUCGCUGUUGCGAAUUCACUAUGGACACCCUGCGCGAGGAACGCGAGUCCAUCAUGACGCUGCUCAAUGUGCUUCGCUACGAUCCGCUCGUCAAUUGGAGCGUCACCCCGACGAAAGCGAAGCGCAUGCAGGAGGGGCAAGAGACCAAUGCGCAGAAUGGUGCUAGAGCGGGGACCGUUGCGCCGGGAGGUACGCCGGCGCCGCCGGGCGCGGGCGUCGUGCCAGACCAGGAAGUACAGGAGAGUAAUCGCAAGAGGGAGGAACAGGCAGGGGAGGCGGGCAGGGCGCUUAGUGUGGUGGAGAAGAAGUUGAGCAAGACGUUGAGCACGAAGGCGACGGUCAACGAGCUGAUUCAGGCGGCGACGGAUGAGCGUAAUUUGGCGGUGCUGUAUAUGGGGUGGGCGAGCUAUGCGUAGCGUAGUGCGGCAUAGAGAAUUUACGAAGGUAUAGCUUUCAUAGUGAGUCUUUGUCUAGUCCCAUGGGUUUAGGGGUUGGGACGGCGUAUAUAGAAAAAAGAGAUGUACUUUGUUUUCAGAA